CCUGAUUCCUGAUUUUGAUUAUUUCUGAAAACUGUAUGUGGUGAAAGUUUAAGAAAAUUGAUAUUCACUGCAAAGAUGAUUGUCAAUAACAUUCUUCGUAUUGCGAAAAGAUCAAAAAGUAUAUGCCCCCAACUGGGUUUUGUUCUUCAAAAACAUACAUUGCCUGAUCUGUCCUAUGAUUAUGGAGCAUUGGAGCCUACUAUUUCUGCAGAAAUAAUGCAACUUCAUCAUUCUAAGCAUCAUGCAGCAUAUGUGAAUAAUCUGAAUAUUGCUGAAGAGAAACUUGCAGAAGCUACAGCUAAAGGGGAUACUGCCACUGCAAUUUCUCUUGGACCUGCUUUAAAAUUUAAUGGAGGUGGCCAUAUAAAUCAUUCAAUAUUUUGGAACAAUUUAUCACCUAAGGGUGGUGAACCUCAAGGUGAUUUAUUAGAAGCUAUAAAAAAAGAUUUCAAAAGCUUAGAAAAUUUACAAAACCUUUUGAGUACUGCUGCUGUUGGUGUUCAAGGUUCUGGCUGGGCUUGGUUGGGAUUUCAUCCAGUGUCUAGAACUUUACAAAUUGCAACAUGUGCAAAUCAAGAUCCUCUGCAACCUACCACAGGAGAAGACGAAGUGUCCAUGGUAUCACUAAAUCUGCAUGUAACACAUAGAGUAGGGUGCUAG